AUGAAAGCCAUUGUCUUGUCGUUGUUCGCAUGCGUGAUGGCCGCCCCAUCUCGGAGUUCCAUUGAUAAUGAAAUCGUCGGAGAUCCUGCCAUCGACUGUGAUGACUCUUCGGUUGGUCUGACAUUCAAAACGCGAAAACCUUUUUCUGGACGAGUUUACGUGUACGGAAUGGUCGGUGAUGAGAAGUGUAGCAGAGCUUUCGUUGAAAACCGAAAUCAAAGCAGACUAUCAAUGCAUUUCAAAAAUGGUGACUGCACUAUGCAGCGGCAGCGAAUUUCUGGACAAAUUCAGGGUUUGAUGUCAUCGAUUGUAGUGGUCGUAUCGUUUCACGGUACAUUUGUUACAAAAGCCGAUCGCGCCUACAAAUGUAUUUGCUUUUACCGAAAUCAAAAAACCCUAACCAACUCGAUAGGCAAGUCAUUAAUCUUAAACCAACGGCUUUUUCCAGAAAUGUCACCUAUCGGAACCACAGAGCUGCUCAACACAUUGCCUGCACCGACGUGUACAUAUUCGAUCCGUACUCAAGCUCCGGAUGGUCCCAUUCUGAUGAUGGGAACGGUCGGUGAAAAAAUCUAUCAUGUUUGGCAGUGUGACAGUAUCGCCUCCGGUUUUCUCGUUCACAGCUGUUCCGUUGGCGAUGGGCGGGGCGAACGAGUAGAUCUUAUCGAUGUCGAUGGUUGCGCUAUUGAUCCUGCCAUUCAGCCGGACAUUAGUUAUACGAGCCCAAAUAACGCCUUUGUGGAGGUGUUUGGUUACAAGUUCAGUGAUGCCACAGUUCUCAAUUACGAGUGUGUUCUCGAAGUGUGCCGUUCGGUUGAAGAGUGCGAGAACCUCACCCCUCCAAAUUGCAGCCACAGAAAGCAGGAAAUCAAUUUUCCUCACGAGCCUGCUCGUCUAACAAGAGCCACAGAUGUUGGUGGUAAAAGGGGUCAGAUUGAAGUGGCUGCCACUUUAACCAUGGAAGACACGUUGGAUGCUAACACUGUAACAUCUGAGAAGGAACUGCUUGUCCUGGAAAACGAUCAGUUCACCUCUGUCACAUCUACACUGUCUCAAACGAUUUGCUUCCCCACAUCGACCAUCUUAUUUUCUGCGUUGCUGCUCUUCUUCGUUUUUAUUACAUCCACGGUUGCUUUACUAUAUGUUGUUCGUUAUCGUACAUAUAUUGUUAAUCCUAAAGAAUAG